UUUCAGAAAAAGCACAAAAUCAGGAAUUAGCUCUGCAAUUAGCGCCCUAGCCCAUGUGCUCCCACUCCUGUGUUCUGCUCUCGCUCUGCAGCGUUCUGGGUGUUCAGGACGGGUUCGAGUGCUACGAGGUUCAAGCCUGCGUCAAGGACUACUGCUUCGGCCGCGCCGACCGGGUGGUGGGCCUGGCCGUGGUGCAGCUGAGGGACAUCAUGGAGAGGGGCAACUGCGCCUGCUGGUGCCCCCUGGGGCAGCGCAUCUCCAUGGACGACACGGGCCUGACCGCCAUGCGGAUCCUCUCCCAGCGCUCCAACGACGACGUCGCCAAGGAGUUCGUCCGGCUCAAGUCCGAGACCCGAUCAGCAGAGGAGGAAGAUGAGGCUCUGCUUGAUGCAGUGGCACUGCUUUGA